UUGUUGAGUCUUGCGAAUUGUCUAUAGAUUCAGGAUUUAAGUCCUUCAUCAGAGGGGUGUUUUGCAAAUGUUUUCACAGGAAGGCUUCGCUGUGUGCUCUCUGGUGACUCUGGGACCUGGCUGAGAGCCACCGGCCUCCUGGACCCUGUGGGGGCGGAGGGCAGGAGCCUCAGCCCUGCCUCUCCCUCCACAGUGUGGGCCACACGGUGUUCCUCGAAUAAUGUCCCUGGAGUGCUCCGAGUGGAUGUGGCAGGUCACCUGGAGAAGCCUUGCCAGCUCGAGCCCCCCCAGCCCUUGGCGCCUCCCUGGCGACUCUCUGAGCCACAUGCUUAUGCAACCAGUGAUAAGGUGGCCGCGACACCGUAAUCCACCCUAAGUGACCGCCCAGCCCCACCUUCCACACGGGCUUGCAGGAGGCCCAGCUGGGGGUCUGGGGAGUGAGGGGCGCCCAGGCCUCUGAUAUCACCUCUGUCACAGCUGCGCUGGCCAGGCUCUGCCCCAAGACAAGGUCCAAAGUCCUGGCCCAGUGGUGGCUCCAGUCCUAUGCAGGGAGGUGAGGACUCUGGGGACCCCAGAGCCCGGGUGGGAGCCCGCUGGCAGAGCAACCCACCCCUGGCUGCCUCUCAGCAGCACCCCUGAGGGCCCAGGCCCCACCUUGGCCAAGGAGGAGGCAGACAGGUGCGUGGGGUGAGUCAGGGGAGAGCCUGGCUCUCUGCACACUCCAGGAAGCGACUCCUGGAGCCGGUGGGGACACUCGAGCAAUUGUGCCACACAAUGGACAAAGAGGGGCUGGAGUUUCCGGGGUCAAGGUGCCUUCCGAUCCCCAACCUGCCGCUGCGGGCUGGGGUAUAAAGCUGGGCCGGUGGGGCACCAGUGGCCUGGGUGCCAGGGACCAGAGGACAGGCGACGGGAUGGGGGCCACCCUGCUAAGCCGUGUCCUGGUGCUGCUCUGGGUGACAUCGGCUGGGGCUGAGGUCCUGGUGCAGCCUGAUUUUGAUGCCAAAAAGGUAUGGGAGGCCUCGGUGCUGUGCCGCGGGUGGGGCAGCAGGCUGAGCCCCUGCCGGAAGCAGGGAGUGCGGGAUCCCGUAACUUCUGCCGUCCACAGAGGGCUUGCUCUGCGCCUUCAGGGCUGCAAACCUCUUAGGUUCCUUUUCGAUUUAAUCCUGAAACUAGGCCGUUUGGGGGUAAGGACAGACCCACCUCACGGUGGGGAGAACUGAGGCUCACAGUGGCCAUGGGACCUGCCCCAGGCGAGUGGCAGAAUAGGGGCUCGCACCACGAGAGGACACUCCGAAGAUCCCUGGCUUCAGACAAAUCCGUGGGCCUCGGGGCCCAGGGUCCGGGUGCCAGGCGGGCGGGACCCAGGGUCACGGGCCGCCUCCUCACAGUUCGCAGGCCUCUGGUACGUGGUCGCCAUGGUCUCCGACUGCAAGGUCUUCCGGGGCAGCAAGGACCACCUGCUCAUGUUCACCAGCAACGUCACGGCCACGGCGGAGGGCAACCUCAGCGUCCACAUGGAGGUCCCCAGGCCUGACGGCUGUAACCAGGUGGACGCCGAGUAUCUGAGGACUGGCUCCCAGGGGCACUUCCGAGUCCCCGCGCUGGGCUACCUGGACGUGCGCGUCGUGGACACGGACUACAGCUCCUUCGCCGUGGUCUACAUCUACAAGGAGCUGGAGGGGGCGCUCAGCACGCUGGUGCAGCUCUACAGCCGGACCCAGGAAGCGAGCCCCCAGGCCGUGAAGACCUUCCAAGACUUCUACCCGACCGUGGGGCUCCCCCACGACAUGAUGGUCGCAUUGCCCAAGUCAGAUGCCUGCUCCUCGGGGGGCCAGGGAGCACCCUGACAGCUGGGAGACCCACAUCGGCCCUUCCCAGUUCUGGAGGCCAGAGGACCAAGUCGAGGUGUGGGCAGGGCUGUGGCGGGAGAAUGCCCCGUCCGGAGUCUGGUGGUGGCGGCCUCCGGCGCGGUCCUCAGCCUCUCGCGGCCUCACUCCCAUCUCUGUCUGCCUCUGCGGCCACAUGGCCGGACUUCCCUCUUCUUACCAGGACACUAGUUGGGGCGGUGGGGGGGGGUGAGGUCCACCUAAGUCUGGGGCUGUCCCAUCUCAAGGUCCUGCACUAAUUACAUCUGCAAAGACCUCAUCUCCGAGUAAGGUCACAGUUGGAGUUCAAGUGGACUUGAGUUUGGGGGACACGAUCCAGCCCAGUACAUCCUGUGUCCUCACGGCCUCUGGCUCGCACCCCCAACCCCCGCCCCUGGUCCUCGCCCUCUCCCCGAGGGUCCCGCGAGGCGGGAACCACCACCCUCCACCGUCGCAGGGGACGUGGAUGCACACGGGCUCUCGGGGACACCGGGCAACCAUCAGACCCUCAGCCAAGUUCAUCGUGAAGAAUUAGGGGACCUCCAUAAAACAGGAAAUAACAGACACAACGUGACAGUCCCCGGCUUCGGGCGGUGCCCCUGUGGCCUCUCCCGGCAGGAUGGGUUAGGUGUAGGCCGGGUGGGGGCUUCCUGAGCAGCCUGCAGGCAGGGUCCCUCUGGCCUCCAGAGCUUAGUGCUCUCCAUGGCUGGCCUGGGUUUGCUCAGUGCUGGGACCCUGGAGCUAUGUGCAUGUUCCAGACACCUGACCUGGUGGGAGGAAGGGGUCAAGUUGUCCUCAGGAAGGUUCUAGAGCCAGAGCGCUGUCUUCCUGCCCUGUGCCCCACCCCCCAGGUUUCUCUUAGAAAGAAAAACCAGCUUUCAGGGUAAAUUCUCCGAUGCCCCCCCCCCCCCAGGGGUUGAGUCUGUGGUUUUAUUGUGGUUUACUGGCUAUUCUGGGGCUUUCUUGCCACACCAGCCCCCUCACCGCCAGCCAGGAAGUAAGCAGGGCCCCGGGCCCUGGGUGGCAGAUGGGGGACAGCUCCGGUGUGUGUCCAUAUGUGUGGAAGUUGUGGUGGCGGAAGCAACUCGUACAGCCUUUGGGGUGAAGAGCGAAGUGGGGGGGCGCUGUGUGUGGGAAGCAGCUCCGGUGUCUGAGGAGUGACCGCGCCUUUCCUGUCU